UCUGCCCUGUAAGCAAUCAUCUACUGGUUAGCACUUAACUGCCAUAAAAACAGAUGAACCACGCUAUUGUGUACCCAGAAAAAAGGUAUAUAAGGGAGGAGUGAAGGAUAAAGAAGGCAGUGAGUUAAAAUGCCACAGAGUUGUGAACUAGCACAAAGGUGAAUGCUGUUCAUGAGCUUGACUCAGAAGGGCUGAAAGAGGAGCAAAGAGCAAAAGGCAAACAACGGUGAAAGCAAGGACUCACAGGGAACAGACUCGACCAGUUAUUUAGAUUGAUCUGCAUGACCAGCCCGUUUGUUGUAAGAGAAGAAUCAGCCAGAGGGAGUAAUUUGAGAUCCACUGCAGGUGUUUGAGCAGCACUGCUUCUGCAACAAAAGCCUAGACUCACCGCAUCUUGGGACGAGAAUGGCCACUUCCCGGGGGGCAGCCUUCUUCAUGCUGGUGGCGUCCUGUGUCUGCAGCACUGUCUUCCACGGAGACCAGCAGACUUGGUUUGAAGGUGUCUUCCUGUCUUCCAUGUGCCCCAUCAAUGUCAGUGCCAGCACCUUGUAUGGAAUUAUGUUUGAUGCGGGCAGCACUGGAACACGAAUUCAUGUUUACACCUUUGUGCAGAAAAUACCAGGACAACUUCCAGUUCUGGAAGGAGAAAUUUUUGAUUCUGUGAAGCCAGGCCUUUCUGCUUUUGUAGAUCAACCUAAACAGGGUGCUGCUACUGUUCAAGGACUCUUAGAGGUGGCCAAAGACUCGAUCCCCCGAAGUCACUGGAAAAGGACCCCAGUGGUCUUGAAGGCAACAGCGGGGCUGCGCUUACUGCCAGAACAGAAAGCCCAGGCUCUGCUCUUUGAGGUAAAAGAGGUCUUCAAGAAGUCACCUUUCCUGGUACCAGAUGACAGUGUUAGCAUCAUGGACGGAUCCUAUGAAGGCAUCUUAGCUUGGAUCACUGUGAAUUUUCUAACAGGUCAGCUGCAUGGUCACAGCCAGGACACUGUAGGGACCCUGGACCUGGGGGGGGCCUCCACCCAAAUCACGUUCCUACCCCAGUUUCAGAAAACCCUGGAACAAACUCCUGGGGACUAUCUCACUUCCUUUGAGAUGUUUAACAGAACUUACAAGCUCUACACACAUAGUUACCUGGGGUUUGGAUUGAAAGCUGCAAGACUAGCAACUCUGGGAGCCCUGGAGACGGAAGGGACCAAGGGACACACUUUCCGAAGUGCCUGCCUGCCAAGAUGGUUAGAAGCAGACUGGGUCUUUGGGGGUGUGAAAUACCAGUAUGGUGGCAACCAAGAAGGUGAGGUGGGCUUUGAGCCCUGCUACUCGGAAGUGCUGAGGGUGGUCCAAGGAAAACUUCACCAGCCAGACGAGAUCCGGAGAAGCGCCUUCUAUGCUUUCUCUUACUAUUACGAUCGAGCUGUUGACACACACAUGAUUGAUUAUGAAAAGGGGGGUGUUUUAAAAGUUGAAGAUUUCGAAAGGAAAGCAAAGGAAGUGUGCGACAACUUGGAAAACUUCACCUCAGGCAGUCCUUUCCUGUGCAUGGAUCUCAGCUACAUCACAGCCUUGCUGAAGGAUGGCUUCGGCUUUGCAGACAGCACCGUAUUACAGCUCACAAAGAAAGUGAACAACAUAGAGACCGGUUGGGCCUUGGGCGCCACCUUCCACUUGCUGCAGUCUCUGGGUGUUUCCCACUGAGGCCAGGCCUGUGCCAGCAACCUUUGCAGAGGGAGAAGACGGCUCCGUGGUCUUCUGAGGGAAUCUGGAAACCACCUGCAUUGAAACCCAGCAGCUGGCUUCAUCAGGAGGAGGGAGCUUUUGUAGACAGGUCUUGCCCUUCAGUCUAGAGAUUUAAUUAAUUUUACACAUCUACUAUGAACCGUUAUGUAACCAUUCUGCUUGCACAGCUGGUACAGAGUCUGAAUCUUUGAGCAUGCUUGUGUUUCCCAGAGAGCCAAAAUGAGGAGCUUUGGAACUUAACCUUGGAGAAGCCAGGGGCUCAUUUCAGCCCUUUGAGUGCCUCAUUUCUUCGAACGUUUUAAUUUUCCUCUCACAUGGUAAACUCAGCUGGCUGAUGGCAUUCCUGUGGCCUGUCAACACCAGUACUUUUUCCCUCCCUGCACAUUGCCCUGUCACACCCUCUUCGUACAAGAGGAGAAGAGUCUGACUUGGCUUUUCAUGCUAAUUCAAGGGGAAAGAAAGUCACCACCUCUGAAGUUGUGUGGUCCUGCUUUGUGCUGGCUCCAGUUAGCCAGCUGAGAGCCAUCCUGACUCUUGGAAGGAUGGAAAGCAACUUCUACCUGCACAGAUUCCAGCCUUAAGAAAGGAGGCCAUCCAGUCUCUAAGGACAUGUUUUUGGAGGGUGUGGCUGCCUUGCAUAGGCCACCUUCUUUUAAUCAACUUUUUAUAACUUAACCGUGGGAUUGAUGAACAUGUCCAACCUCACAGGAGUAUGUGUUUAUUCAGUGCCAGUACCUCCUUCCAGGCUGUGUUUAUAGUAAUGUCAUCCUAAAGUUUUUUCUUUGUAUUUCUAAGAAAUACCUCUAUAUCCUAGCUUUGGUCUGUGGCCAGAGGCCUCUGGCGGUGCCAUUCAAGGAUCUGUAUUUUGGGGUCACAGCUUUCAGUUUGUCUUUUUAUUCUGUUCAUAGCAUCUCCUCCUGCCUGGUCCUGGGUCAUUUUAGCUAACAUCUAAAUUAUUUGUCUACUUCCAGGAUUUCUGAUACUGUUUCUCGAUGAUAACCUAACAUUUGAUUUGGUUGGCCAUUUCAGCUUGAAUGCUCUGAGCUCUUCAUUUUGUGAAUUAUUUUCCCUAAAAUUCAUUAGCUUGUACUUCCCUACAUGACCACCACCGGCCUGUCUACCCACUCGAGUAUGCUCUCGGGCUUUAAAGAUCUUCCUGUGGACCGGCUCGUUUAUCUCAGCCCUGAACCCCCAGCAGCUUUGCAGCGGAGACUGCAUCUCCUGGCCUUGGGGCCUCCACAGCACACUGCUUUCCUCUCCUCUCACAACGUGCUAAAUGCCUGGCCCUCUCGCUACUUCCUGGGAAUUUUAAUUUUUAAAGUUUUCCCACUGAGUCAACAAAUAUUUAACAUCUGAUGUGCAAGUAGCUAGGCAAAUUUCUGUAUCCUCCUCCCCCAAAUUUUAGUUCUUUUUUAAAUUCAAUGUGGAAAUUUUUUACUCUUCAUACUUCCAUUACACCAAGGUCACCUUUAUACCUAUUGUCUUCCUCAAAAAAUGCUAAUAUAUAAUGAGGUAGAAUCUUUCGAGUUGGAAACAGCCUCCAGAUACAAUCCAGUCUUCUAAGUAUUGCAGAGUUCCCUUGGCAUCUCGAGCUGGUUCAGUUUCCGGUUGGGCGUGUUCUCAGGCAGCUCACUCCGCGUGGGACCGCAUUGGCAGUACAAAACCCCCUCAAACGGAGCUGGACUCUGCCUUCCCGGUGGUCUUCUCGAAUCCCUCCUUUCAUCGCUGUUGAGUCUUUUGAAGAAAAUGCCUCCAGGUACUUUGUGGCCGCUUCUUUAAUGUGACACAUGGUUUCUAGACCCCUUACCUCUUCUGUCACAAAGGCGGAGUGCUAGGACCGGUUGUGUGCUCCAUGCUGUUCCCAUGGUUAGGGAGACCAGUUUCUCGGAUAGAAACCAAGUUGUUUUCCCGAGAGGUCAGCUGUGUUCAUUGAAAACUCCUCCAGCUUGAUGAGUCCCCAGUCUUCCUCACAUUUUUUUCCUCCCAAGUUUUUCUCAUAAAUAGAGGCUGUUUAGACUUCUUUGGUCAUUCCAAGUACUUCCAGAAUUCUUGGUCAGAUACAUUAACUUCAGAAAUGUAUCUACAUAUAUUCUGAAAACCUUAAGGAGAACACUUGGAGAAUUAACCAGUUUGUCCAUUUUAGAACCAAUUUAGAAUGAGAAUUUUUAUUUCUUGGAGAAAAUGACUUCUCUUUAAUGUCCUUUCUGCCCCUUAGUAUACCUUUUGGGCCUCUUACUAAGUAACCCUGUAGAGUGUGAUAUUGCUGGUGAAGUUUCUUUUCUGUGUGUGUGUUUAUGUAUUUCAAGUCCUUAGGACAUGGCCUGGCACAUAGGUGUGUUUUUCGUCAUCAUCUGAAGGACAUCCUGUGUGGGUUAUGGAGGUCCUUGCAAGGUGUGCCUUACAGUUCUUCCUAUCUUGCCUGAUUUUAUUUGCAGACUUUUGGAGAGUUCAUGUUCUCCUUACCUGGGUUACCUUUCAGUUUUUUUGGAAGAUGACUGUUUUUUUUCCCCAUAGAUGACCUUUCUAGACUCUGCUAGUAGUCAUGUGACUUUCACUGUAGUUGCCAUCUUUGAUUGUAGGCACAUUUUUCCUGAGAUUCCAGGAAUGUUUGUGACAUUGUCACUUUUUUACUUUAGUAUCUUAUAAAUUUUCUACAUUUGUCUGAAAAACUCCCCUGCAGACUGUUUCUUCUCAUUUCAUCAUCAAAGCAGACUUUUGGGCAAAAUGUUCUUUACUGUAUACAAAGCCAAUGGAUCCAAACAUCUCUUCGAGAGGCCUCUCUGACACUGGGAAGUGGGCUUCUCAAACACCCCAGGGCCUCCAGCCGCCACCAGUCUGCAAGUAAAUGAACAAAUUCUGCUGCUAAUUAGAUUUUCCCUUUUGACGUGGUUCCUGGCUCCAGUCUUCAAACCCGUGCAAUGAAAUUACUGUUUUAUUACUCGACAGAUGGAGUCCCAGAGCGGAACCACAAACAAAACUGAGAUCUGGUGCUGGGAUAAGGAAGUAAUAACUACCAUUAAUAAGAUCUGGUUUUCCUUUCAGAAAGUCCAGUGCACCUAUAAUCAAGGUUAAAGCAAUUUGUUAAUUUUAAAACAGUAAUUCUAACUAAAAGGCAUAAAUUUAAUAUUUCUAAUUCUUAUCUUUAUGAAAAGAAUUGUAUAAAUUUGUGACCAGCAUUUUCAAAAAA